UGAUGACGUCAUGACGUAACCCAACAUGGCGCCGCAGUUCUCGCGGUCUGUCUUGUAAGCGGCCAAACAUUCGUCUGUAAUCAUGCGGGAAAUGAAUACAACAUCGUCCGGAAUGUUUAUCUGCUCUUUCUCGGAGUGCCAGGCGUCCUACGAUAAGGAGUGGAAGCUUCAGGCGCAUCUGUGUAAACACACCGGAGUGCGGCCGUUCGAGUGUGUGUACGCCGGAUGCAGCAAAACGUUCUGCAGUAAAUCUCACCUGACUCGUCAUGAGCUCACACACACCGGGGAGAAACCCUUCAGCUGUAGUGAGGACGGAUGCACACAGAGUUUCACCACAAACUUUAACUUGAGGAAACACAUUUCACGUAAACACAAACAGGAAGUGAAGCUCUACACCUGUUUGUUUGAGGGAUGUGACAGAAGCUUCAAGAAGAACAACCUGCUAAAGACCCAUGAAAGCACACACACACUCCAGCUCCCGUAUGAAUGCUCGUACAAAGGCUGUGACAGACGCUUCGUGAAUCCCAGCAAAAGAAAGCGACAUGAGAAAGUACACACGGGUUACACGUGUCCGGAUGAGGAUUGCACAUUUGUUGCGAAGAACUGGACUGAACUCACCAAACACAGGAAAGAGCACAGAGUGCGAGUGCAGUGUGACGUGUGUAAGAAGGUGUUCAGGGAUGGGUGGUUCCUGAAGCAGCACCAGCGCGUUCACUCUGAGGCCCGUCUGGUGUUUCUGUGUCCGAGAGACGGCUGCACGCGCUCCUACACCACCGCCUUCAACCUGCAGAGCCACAUCCUGUCCUUCCACGAGCAGGAGCGCGCGUUCAGCUGCACACACCCCGACUGCACCAAGACCUUCUCCAUGAAGCAAAGUUUACAGAGACACUCUGUGGUUCAUGACCCCGAGAGAAAGAAACAGAAGAAACCCCGUCCAACACGAUCCCUGGCGUCUCAUUUAAGUGGCUACAAAACGCCAAACAAACGGCAAACAGAAACCCGGGAGACAAACCAUGUGUCCAGCCAAUCAGACAGCGGCUCAUCAGAACCCGUGAUGUCAUCAGAACCCGAAGUCCACGCUGGAGUAACAAACCUGUCCGUGUCUGAUGAUCUAAUGGCAUCUGAAAGUUCUGUUGUUCUCGUUUUAGAGCCACUUGUGCUGGAAGACAGCCAAUCAGAAAUCAACAGCCAAUCAGAAAUCAUCAAAUCUCAUAAUAUACCAGAAAGCAGCCAAUCAGAAUUUCUAAAUAUAGUCACUGUCCAAUCAGAAUUUAAACAGACUCUUGAUAUUGUAGUGACCGGCCAUUGA